GAUACUGGGAGACGCCAGAAACAUGGGCCCCGCAGAGCCCAAUAUCACGUCCAACCUCCACCGGCCAAUAAAACACUCCAACAACACAGCCGAACCAGAGUUGUUCCCUGCUGAUGGCUGUGUGCAGGCAGCAACCCCUGUCGGGUCUAAACCGCCCUCAGGAGUCAAUGCUCAGAAACCAGGCUUUGAUAUGAUAUACAGAAUUGAGGAUGUGCCACCGUGGUAUUUAUGUGUGUUGCUUGGAUUGCAGCACUACCUGACCUGUUUUAGUGGGACCAUUGCUGUGCCUUUUCUUCUAGCUGAUGCCAUGUGUGUGGGGCGAGACCAAUACACUGUCAGCCAACUUGUUGGCACAAUUUUCACCUGCGUGGGCAUUACUACACUCAUACAAACAACCUUUGGUGUCAGGUUACCACUUUUCCAGGCCAGUGCGUUUGCCUUCCUCAUCCCUGCACAGGCUAUUCUGGGACUGGAGAGGUGGAAGUGUCCUCCUGAAGAGGAGAUUUAUGGAAAUUGGAGCCUCCCUCUCAAUACCACACAUAUCUGGCAGCCCAGAAUAAGAGAGAUCCAGGGAGCCAUCAUUGUAUCUAGUCUAAUAGAAGUGGUGAUCGGGCUGGUGGGCCUUCCUGGACUCCUUCUUAACUACAUUGGUCCACUUACUGUCACCCCCACAGUGUCCCUCAUUGGCCUGUCGGUAUUUCAGACUGCUGGAGAUCGUGCAGGCAGCCACUGGGGUCUCUCUCUAAUGUGCAUCUUCUUCAUUGUUCUCUUUGCUCAGUAUUUGAGAAAUUGGGCCUUCCCCUUUCCCUUCUACUCUCGACGGAAAGGCUGUCACACCAUCCGUUUCCAGAUCUUUAAGAUGUUUCCGAUCAUCAUGGCUAUCAUGCUAGUGUGGCUGGUGUGUUAUAUUCUCACCCUGACUGAUGUGUUGCCAAAUGACCCAGAGCAAUAUGGCUACAAGGCUCGCACUGAUGCCAGGGGGGAGAUCAUGACCCAAGCACCAUGGUUUCGCAUGCCCUAUCCCUGUCAGUGGGGACUGCCCACAGUUACGAUUGCUGGAGUGUUGGGAAUGUUCAGUGCCACUUUUGCUGGCAUUGUGGAAUCUAUUGGAGAUUACUAUGCCUGUGCCCGUCUCGCUGGAGCUCCACCACCCCCUGUUCAUGCCAUUAACAGAGGGAUCUUCACAGAGGGUGUGUGUUGUAUCAUCGCCGGUCUACUGGGCACUGGAAACGGCUCCACUUCUUCAAGUCCCAACAUUGGAGUGCUUGGUAUCACUAAGGUGGGCAGUAGGAGGGUGGUGCAGUAUGGGGCGAUCAUAAUGCUACUCUUGGGCACCAUUGGGAAGUUCACGGCACUGUUUGCCUCACUGCCGGAUCCAAUUCUGGGAGGAAUGUUCUGCACAUUAUUUGGUAUGAUUACAGCCGUGGGUCUGUCGAACCUGCAGUGUGUGGAUUUGAACUCCUCACGCAACCUGUUUGUUUUGGGCUUCUCCAUGUUUUCUGGCCUCAUGCUGCCCAAUUACCUGGAGACUCACCCGGGCAGCAUCCAGACAGGUUUGCCAGAGCUGGAUCAAAUCCUAACAGUUCUUCUGACUACUGAGAUGUUUGUUGGAGGAUUUUUAGCGUUUGUAUUGGACAACACCAUUUCAGGAACAAAAGAAGAGCGUGGACUCAUCGAGUGGAAGGCCGACGUCUUUGAAACUGGUGGUGUGAGCUCAGACACAUAUAACUUUCCCAUUGGCAUGAGACUGAUACGGCAAAGUGGCUGUCUGCGCUACCUGCCCAUCUGCCCCACUUUUCAGGGCUUUAAGCAACGCCAGCACAAAACCAGCUUGGCUGAGGAAGAGAACAUAAAGAAUGUUGAAAGUGUGGUGAGAAACACUCCAGAUAAUAUUACAUGUACCAAAGUGUAGCUUUAGGACAUAUUUUACUGUAAGAAUGUAUGAUAUAUUUUACACAACACUAGAUUUUCUAUAUUAAUUAUUAUACUGUAUUUAUUACUACUGUAUAUUAGAGGCACUAAAUAAUACCUAGAUCUACAAAGAAUGACUCCUGAUCAUUUUUAUUUAAACCUACAACUGUUUCUGAACAUGAUUUUAU